AUGAGUGAAGAUUAUGUACAGUGGGAUGUUCAUGCAACAGCGGAUGUUUUUACACCCCGUAUGGAAUAUGAUGACCCGCUUCAACAGUUUAAUGAGUCAGAGACACAGUAUUACGCACCGUAUAAUACACAUAAUACUACAAAUGCAAACCAUGUUGUUGUAACAACACCACCUCUUCCUCCAAUUAUACCUUCUUCUUCACCAAUUCUUGAUUCGUUGGAUUCUUUACCUAGCAGAGCAACACCCACACCCACACUACCACCACCGACAGUAUCAGCACCAGUGUCAAUACCUUCAAGCUCAGCAACACCUAUCCCAGAUACCAUUGACGAAAUAUUACCCAUGAAGAUCAUUAUUAGUGAUCCAAAGAAACAUCAAGAUGGAGCUCAGGGCGUCUACGUCACUUAUCUUGUUACAACAGCAACUUCGGUAGAAACCUUUAGUUCAAGUAAACCAAGACCGAAAAAUGAUCAAAGAGCGCAAACACGUAUUAUUCCACCUUCUGCAACAUUAUUUGAAUCCAUUGGUGAUACACUGAUAAAUGCCUUUGCAAAGAUUAAAAAACCCGACGAAAAAUUCGAAGAAAUGAAGGAGAUGGUGGGUAAAUUAGAAGACAAUUUAAACAUAGUUGAGCGGUUAUACAUGAGAAUCAACAAGAGACAACAAGAUUUACAAAAUGAUUAUGCAAAUUUCGCCAGUAGUAUUCAAGGAUUAUCAGCCUUGGAAGCCAAUAUUACCAACUCACUUCACCAAUUUGCAGAAUCAUCCAAAGCUUAUUCACAAGCCAUGAAAGAAAUGACCGAAAAGGAAGAGCUUCAAUUCUUAAAUGCAAUUCAUGAACUAUUAGCCUAUUGUAACGCUGCCAAGGAAGUAUUAAAGGCAAGGGAUCAAAAACAAUUAGAUUUCGAAGAAUUGUCGGGGUAUUUGCAUCAGACGAUUCAGGAACGAGAAAGAAUACAACAUCCCGAGAGAAAAUAUAGUCAACGUAGUGGCGGAUUACACAUUACUGAAUAUGUCACCGACAAAUACAACGACUUCAUUGGUGUCAAUCGGGAGACAUUAAGGCGUGAUAAAUUACGUAAAUUGUAUGACCGAGUUGCCGAGUUACAAGGCGAGGUUGGUAGAACAAAUGAUGAAUCCAAUGGAUUUUCUAUGCAGGUCAUGAAGGAGUUUGAUGUAUUUCAAAAGACAAAGACUUUAGAGUUGAAACAAGGCUUACUUGCAUAUGCUGACUGUCAUAUUGCAUUCUUCCAAAAGGGUACCGAGAUCUGGGAAAAAGUUUUACCUGUAUUAGAAAGCAUCGAUGGUGUCAAGGGUGAUGGUCCUGUACAAACCUAA